GUAUCGCAAAACAUCCCCGCGUGUAUCCAUACACGGAAAUCUCGCUCGUUCAUCGAGUCUACCUGACAACACCAACACUGCAUCAGCUCAGCACUCAAAAUACUCACACAAACGCGAGCAAGGCGCGCGCUCUUGUCGGCGGUCACUCUUCAUCGCCGUCGUCAACAUCAAAAGAACAACACAACGGAAGCAAAGGUGUACCGCUAGCUGUCGACGACGUUGGGAAAAAUGAGUGUACCGGAGCAGUGAGUGCCACCAACCACGCACACACAAGAAGCGAUUGACGGAAAGAAAAGUCGAGCAAAAGAGUUUCGUCGUCGUUGUCGGUCGAUGAUCGAAAAAUUAAUCAAACGUUUUGGUUGUACUGUGCGGUCAUACAACACACUACACUACGUUAAAAGAAGUGAAAAAGUGCUCAUCGUUGUGCGAAAUACGCAGAGAUUCCAAGCCCCCUGUAUUAAUAGUGCUGUAAUUUAGUGAUUUGGAGCGAAGGAAAAAGUGGUAGGCCCCCCCAGGAACGGAUUUUCGAUUCCUCCCGGAAGAAGACCAGCCUGCAGCGAGAUAAUCUGUUGAUUUUUUUUCGCUAUCGUAAUAAUCCGGAUCGCCGUCGUCGUCGUCGCCGUCUGAAGACAGGGCAGAAGUUAGUGUAGAGAGCAGCGAAAAACGUCACAUAAAAACAAUGGAGAAAAGAAUAGCGCUGGAAAAACGCGGAUUAGCAGAUGAUAAGAUCCAGGAACUCAUCCUGGACAACUGCCGCAGCACCAACGUAGAAGGCCUUACCGACAGCUUCACCGCACUGGAAGUGCUCAGCCUGAUCAACGUGGGUUUGGUUUCACUGAAGAAUUUCCCCAAACUGCCGGCCCUCCGCAAGCUGGAACUGUCGGACAAUCGGAUCUCGAAUGCACUCAGUCACCUCACCGGCAGCCCCAAGCUGACACAUCUGAACAUGUCCGGCAACCGGAUCAAAGAUUUUGAAGAACUUAAACCGCUGAAGGAUCUGGAGAACCUGGAAGUGCUCGAUCUGUUCAACAACGAGGUCACAAUGACCCAGAACUAUCGGGAGAAAAUCUUCGAGCUGAUCCCCUCGCUGAAGUAUUUGGAUGGAUUCGACAAAGAAGACCUCGAAGCACCUUCAGACGAGGAAGAAGCCGAUUUCGGCGCAGAAGAGGAAGAAGAUGACAGGGCAUGUUUUUCCAUCAACGGCAUCGAUAUCGACCUGGACGAACUGGAACGGUUCGAAUCGCGACUGAAACAGAAGCGAGCCCCUCCUCCGUCGAGUGAAGUCAACGGACUUGAGUCCAAACUUGAACAGCUAGAUCUAAAACAAGUGGAAGAACAAGAAGAUACUGUCAAAGACGAUCUGGAUCUGCUGUACGAGGAGAUUCAGAGAAAGAGAAACGAGCAAGAACAACUUGUGCAAUCAGAUCAGUCUACCACCAGCUGCGGCGGGGUGACUCCAACGUCGCUGGGAUCACUUCUGUUGGCCUUUCUCUCGCUGUUAGCCUUUAUCAAUCAGAUCUGCUACGUGCAAGUCAACCGGCAGCAGUUGAUAGAGAAAUCACUACCCGAUCCCGAUCUGGACGAGUCCUCCGACUACGACGAUGACGAUGAUGAUAACGAUGUUACGUUAGCUGAUGUGUACAAUGUAAACCUCGAAGAGGAGGACGGUUCAGACUGGAGCGAGGAGGACGGUGAAGCCGAUGAAGACAUUGACGUACCCACCGAUGAGGACGAAGAUGAUGGCGAGGGCGAGGGAGAGGGUGAGGGUGAAGCUGCGGGAGAGGGAGAAAAAUCAGGAUCAGACAGUGAAGUAGCAGAAGUUGAGGCAGAAGAGUCGGAAGCCAGGGGAAAGAAGCGAAAACUCGACGGCAAUGACGGUUAAGCCUGUUUCCCGUUUUGGUAACCAACAACAACACCCCCUUUAAUUAUCGGUAAUUGUAAGGAUAAGUUUCGAUUGUAAGAAUACAAAAUAUUAUAAACUCUCCGCAAGGCAGAAAAGUAUAGAUGAACCCAAACACAAAUUUACAAUAAACCCCGACCGGUAGCAAAAGUGGACAACAGCAGCCCUGCAAACUCACAGAUACACUUACACACACAUCCCGAGCACUUACGAACACAGUCAAAGAUUUAAAAACAGAAAAUAAUCACAAAACAAUAGAGGGAGAAAUACUCCGGCUAAUGCUAAGUUUAUACAGGAACGCACCUGUGUCCGGGUGCGAUUUUUACGCACCCGCACAGUUUGUAGGGACAGGCAAGGAUCGUAACACAAAAGAGAAUUUUAUUCUAAACAAACAAUUGAAAUCCGGGAUGGAGAAAUAUAAUUUGACAAACUUUAUGGAGAAGUACCUUUCGAGUUUCUUUUUUUUUUUAAUUCCAUAACUUCCUUUGCCGUUCUUAGCAAAAAUAGCUAAAAUCAAAGAAGUCAACGGAGACCAGAGGAAACCCUCCCCCGUGGGUGGGGGUUAAGUUUCACAGAUACAUUCAGUAGAGCAGGAAAAUCAAUCAAUGAAAUAGAGAACAUACCUAACCCAGCAGUUGUUAGCAGGAAAACACAGGCAAAAUACAAAAUAGAGGUAUUAUUGACCAUUGUUUGUUGAAUGUUAACUUAUUAAGUGAUUGUGUCUUGUUCGUAAGAAGAAUUUUAUAAGGUUAUUUAACACUUUCUUCUUCUGCUCUUCCUUCCGACGAUAACGGCCUUCCAUGGACAGCAUUGGUUCAAUUCAAUCACUUUUCUGUAAGCAUUCAUUCCUGCCUUUUGUCUUUCACUAUCCAACUUAUGUCCCCCGUAAAUUUACAAACUUCAACCUGAAUCUGGCUUGGCAGGGUUUCACAUUGUUUCUGCAAACUUUCGACAAAACCAAAACAAGCAAACAGAUGUGUAAAAUUGAAGGAAUUAUAUACAGACCAGAAAUCAGUGCUAUAUAUAUACACUCACAUUUGUGGCAGAGCGAAACAGGAAAAUUUCCACAACAAAACAAGAACAGAGAGAUACAAAAAAACAGUAAAAAAAUUGAAAAAAUGAGUAAAAAAUCAACCCAAAAAUGUCGAGUCCGAAUUAGUGGAGUCGAUAAGAAUAAGAAUCAAGAAGAAAACAAGAAGCAAAAUUUAUAAUUAACAGAAAGUAUUUGUUUAAAUAAAAAAAAGUAAUUGAAAAAUCAAA